AUGACUUGGCGAUGGUGAUUCGGAAACACGCCGACAUUUUUCCAGACGACCUACCGGCGGGUUUGCCACCUGAGCGAGAACAUGACCACCAAAUAGAGUUGGAGCCCGGCGCGCAGCCUAUUGUUCUGACUCAAUGGCGGCAGACUCAGCCCGAUCUGGAUGAACUUCGAAGCCAGCAGGACUACCUGCUCGAGAAAGGUUUCGUUCGCCCCAGCUUAUCACCGUUUGUAGUUCCUAUACUGUUCACCCCAAGAAAAAAUGGCGGUCUACGAAUGUGUAACGACUACCGUGCCUUGAACCGGGUUAUCAUCAAGUCUCGAUAUCCUAUCCCGCGUGCUGACAAACUAAUUGACCAACUUCGCGGAGCCAAAUUCUUCUCGAAAAUUGACCAGCGAUGCGGUUACCACCAGAUCCGCGUGAACGACGCUGACUGCUACGAGACGGCGUUUCGGACCCGGUACGGGAGUUGCGAGUACACGGUUAUGUCUUUUGGCUUAACAAACGUGCCUUCAACGUUCCAUUUUACCAUGAACGAGGUUUUUUGGCCGCUGCUGGAUAAAUGCGUCAUCGUGUACCUCGACGACAUAUUGGUCUACAGCACUACCUGGGAGCAGCAUUUGAAGGAUUUGACAGACGUUUCCUCUCUCUUUUUUCUAGGGUUCGUAAAUUACGUCUGCCGUUUCAUUCCGAACAUGGCAGGGGUAACUUCCCCUCUCACGGAUCUCCUCAAGAAGGGCACGUUUCAUGAGUGGGGGGGAGAGCAGCAAGCUGCGUUCGAACAGCUCAAACGUUUCCUGACUCCACCUUCGGUUCUUCGGAUUGCAUAUCCUCACCGUCCGUUCGAGCUCAUCAUCGACGCUAGCGAUCUAGCUGUUGGCGCAGUACUGUUACAAGACUUCGGCGAAGGCCUCCAACCCAUCGCCUACGAGUCACGAAAUCUAAACCCUGCCGAGCGAAAUUAUCCUGUCAAUGACAAGGAGUUACUCGCCAUCAUUCACGCUUUCAAAGUCUGGCGCUGCUACCUGACAAGCGCUGACGUGACUGUUCGAACAGACUACAAGUCGCUACAGUUCAUCCGUGCCCAACCGACAUUGAAUCCCCAACUGAUUCGCUGGCUUGAUUACCUCGAGUACAACUUCCACUACAGAGUCACCUACAAACGAGGGGUUAGCAACAUCGCCGACGCACUGACCCGACCUUCAAUCCACACCACCGCAUGAUCGCGACCCACUGUUCACGUCCAAC